GAUUCGUAUGCUGAUCGAUGAAGGCUAUGAAGACAGAAUUCUGAUCGCUCAUGAUGUGCACACUAAGAAUAGGCUGAUGAAAUAUGGAGGUCAUGGAUAUUCACAUAUCCUUAAAAAUAUAGUUCCUAAAAUGCUAAUUAGAGGCAUAUCCCAAGAGAAGAUUGAUAAAAUACUACUCGCAAAUCCAAAGCGGUGGUUGACUUUUAAGUAG